AUGGCAAUCAUUCCUGAUAACUCCCAAAAUGCCCUGAAGUUCUAUCUUUUUCUGUAUGGUUAUAAGGAACGAAAUAGACCAAAAAUAACAUUUAGUGCUUGUUUUAUGGAUAAAAACUUGCCUACAUUCAAUGUGAAUAGCCCUGACUUAUGUCUCGGUCUUGAAACAUCUAUGAAAAUAUUUGAAAUUCAUUCACAGCACCCAAUACUUUUUACUUGUGAUGCAUACACUUUUCAACUUAAGAUAAAGUUCUAUGAAGAUUUGACUAUCACGCCUUCAUUUUCAACUGUAAAUACUUCUCUUGAACAUACCAAGGAAGAAGACAGCGUAUCUUCAAUUCCACUUGGAGGAAUGUUGAAUAGCGUUCAAUAUAUAAAAGAGUUGAGUCAGGAUAUGGGAUCACUCUAUAAUUCUGGAGACUUGUGUGAUUUGCAUAUCCUUAUUGGUGACGAAAUACUUAAAGUUCAUAAGUUAAUACUUUGUGCUCGCUCAACUGUUUUCAAGAAAAUGAUGGAACAUAAUUGCCUAGAGUCCUCAACCAAUUCUAUCACCAUCACUGACUGUCCUACUCUUCCAUUUGUAAAAUUUUUGAAGUACCUUUACACAGGAGAAAUAGAAAGUAGCUCAUUGGAUACUGUGAUGUCCCUGUACUCGCUAGGAGAUAAAUACGAUGUACCGAUUUUAAGAGAAGCUUGUUCUAAUAUGUUACAAUCCAAACUUUCUUCUGAUGAUUCCGUUGAAGAUGUCGCUAAUAUCGUCUGCUAUGUUUUACAGCUAGCCGAAUGUCAUGGUGAUUCGAAACUGAAAGAUUUAGCGGCUAGUUUUAUCGUUAACCACUUCCCAGUGGUAUCGAACAAACAAGGUUGGAAAGACUUGAUGAAAAACAAUUUCGAACUGAUAUCUAAUAUUCUCGCUCUUGUAGCUUCUGGUUUACACAAACAGGUUUACAAAUCAGUUAAUACUUAG